AACAUUGUCUCACAGCAACAAAGACCAUGUUUAUUAUCGUUCACUUGGGAGAGGUACUGUUAGCUCUAGUUCCCAUGUUGUCGACAUGAGAAGGUCUUCUUCCCCGCAUCAACCCAUCAAACUCGGAUCACCUUUCUAUCCCAAAGUCUGACGCCACGAAUCAUCAAAAGGAUCACUUCUCUGGUGGCUACUUCCCUGUUUUCUUCAAAUCCCAGCAUGGAUUCACCUUCAAGAUCCCACCUCUUUGGUGAUUCAACUCACAAAACCUUGUCGGGAUUCCUCCUGUUCCUGUCCCUGGCCCCAUCAUUUGCAGAGACCCAGAUUUCCGACGAGCUGACCGCCUACCAGAUGCUGGAGAAGUAUGAUUUCCCCAAAGGGAUCCUCCCACAGGGCGCGCAGAGCUACGUCCUGAACCGAGACGGGAGCUUUGAGGUGUAUCUCAGCGGCGACUGCGAGUUCGAGGUCACCGGGGGCUACUUGUUGCAAUACAAGAGAAGAAUCACCGGCACGGUGGGCAUGGGGUCGUUGACCAACUUGCGAGGCGUCCGGGUGAAGGUCCUCCUUCUGUGGUUCGGAAUCAAUGAGGUGGUGAGGAGCGGCAACGAGCUCAAGUUCUACGUCGGCCCGCUGUCGGCGUCCUUCGGCUUGUCCAACUUCGAGGAGUGUCCUAGCUGCCGCUGCGGCUUCGACUGCGCCGACGCCAUGGUCUCUGAUUCUUAGCAUACUGGUGUUGGUGCGCAUGGAGCAUCUCGGACCUCUGUCUCUUCUCUAACUCUGGAUUCCAUGGAUGUGUGGGGAUGAUGGUUUAAUCUCUUCGACUUCGAAUAAUUGCACAUUGUGCUUCGGUUGAAA